AUUGACUUGAACCUCUGUAGAGAUGUCUAAGCAACAACCUGCCCAGUUUCCCAAUCCAGAAACACCUGGUUAUGUAGGAUUUGCAAACCUUCCCAACCAGGUUCAUCGGAAAUCUGUGAAAAAGGGCUUUGAGUUCACCCUUAUGGUGGUUGGUGAGUCUGGACUGGGGAAAUCUACUUUAAUAAACAGCCUGUUCUUAACAGAUCUCUAUCCAGAAAGAAUAAUCCCAGGAGCAGCUGAGAAAAUUGAAAGAACUGUGCAAAUUGAAGCUUCAACUGUAGAAAUUGAAGAAAGGGGGGUAAAGCUCCGACUGACUGUUGUGGACACACCAGGAUAUGGUGAUGCUAUCAAUUGUCGAGACUGUUUCAAGACUAUAAUUUCCUAUAUUGAUGAGCAGUUUGAACGCUAUCUUCAUGAUGAAAGUGGCUUGAACAGACGGCAUAUUGUUGAUAACAGAGUUCACUGCUGUUUCUAUUUCAUUUCACCAUUUGGACAUGGUCUCAAGCCCUUGGAUGUUGAGUUCAUGAAAGCCAUACACAACAAAGUGAAUAUUGUGCCUGUAAUUGCAAAAGCUGAUACCCUUACUCUGAAGGAGCGGGAGAGGCUUAAAAAAAGGAUUCUGGAUGAAAUUGAAGAACAAAGCAUCAAGAUUUAUCACUUACCAGAUGCUGAAUCUGAUGAAGAUGAAGAUUUUAAAGAGCAGACUAGACUUCUGAAGGCCAGCAUUCCAUUUUGUGUAGUGGGAUCCAAUCAACUUAUUGAAGCUAAAGGUAAAAAGGUCAGAGGUCGUCUCUAUCCAUGGGGAGUUGUUGAAGUGGAGAACCCAGAGCACAAUGACUUCUUAAAAUUAAGAACCAUGCUAAUCACCCACAUGCAAGAUCUCCAGGAAGUAACUCAAGACCUUCACUAUGAAAACUUCCGUUCUGAAAGACUUAAGAAGGGUGGCAGGAAGGUAGAAGAUGAGGAAGUAAACAAAGACCAAAUCUUGCUGGAAAAGGAAGCCGAACUCCGACGCAUGCAAGAGAUGAUUGCAAGGAUGCAGGCACAGAUGCAGAUGCACAGACAAGGAGCUGAAGGAGACAGUAGUAUGCUCCAUGGACACAAAGUCUAAAUGAUUUGGUAUCUUCAUUAACCAGAAACUCUUGAGAUGCCAUGAUGUAUUCUGUGGAGAGAAAUAACUGUUACUCUGCAGCGAUGUAGGAGCUCCUAUUUGCACUUAAUGUGCGAAUAUGCAGUGGUCAUUUCUUAAUGCCCACUUAAUAAACAAAUAAGAUUUGGUUCUGUAAUGUAAUGUAACAAUUUUACUUCUCUCUUUACUGAGCUGGUUUUAUUACUACGGAGUAUACCAAUAUUAAACAAAAAAAUUCUCAAGUAACCUAAUAUUAAUCUAAUGACAUGGAUUAAUACCACUAUUAAUGGUUGGGUUUUUGUCUUUGCUUUUUUUGUUGGUGUUGUUUUUGUUUGUUUGUUUUUGCACUGAGAAAUCAACUGACUUUGACCCAAAUCCCAAAGUCCAAAAUAUUGGUGUGGUUUGGACUUUCUGCAUAGCCUUUCCUGUGUUACACAGGGCUUAAUAAAUACACUAGUCAAAACAAUCUCUUUUACAUCACGAUCUCCCUGGUAGUCAAAGCUAUCAUUUGUUCACAUGAUAUCAGUGCCAAGAAAUUGUUGGGAAAACCUGCAGAGAGAUUCUGAAUGUGUGUUUGGUCUUUAGGAUGGAGACCUUUGCACAGAGACUGUCUAAUAGGACAAGUGACAAAAUAGGUAAUUGUUUAGUGCUGUUUUUAAUAUGGAAACAUAUAGCACUGCAUGCCUAUGAACACACUCUUAGCUGCUCUGCCUUUCUAAGGCUUUUAUUUUGUCAAGUAACUAUACAAAGUGUGAUCUUUUGUAGGGUUAACUAAAAGAAACCAGUAUUAAGUAUUAAAGGUAUUCUGUCAUAUCUUCAGAGACAUACUUUCUGUAGUCUUUGAACAAGUGCUUUAAAAACAACCCAAGUAGAACCAAAACCCCAUUCUAUGUGGGGACCCAAUAUUCCUGUAAUCAGGAAGAUGGAUCCUGAUCUAAGUUGCUUUCUUUAACCAUUCAGACCCAAAUUGUGUAAAUGUGGCACUUCAUUUUUCUGUGAAAUUAUUUUGUAAAGAUUGUUUGAACUUCAACAUUCACAAAAGGCGGGGAGGUGCAUAGAUCACAGAGCAAAACUAAAUCUUGUGCUCUCUAGUCUUCUAACAUGUAUAACACUUUGGAAAUUUAAAUUUUCUUGGUCAGUGCUUUGUAUUUAUUGUUUCUGAUGAUCUAGCAUGUUUCAUGGUUGUAUACUGUAUUUUGACUAAAAAAGAUUAUUCAGAAAAACAAGAAAAAUCAACACUCUAUCCAUAUUAAUGUCAACAAACCAAAAUAAUAUUCAUACAAAGUAAACUAAAAACUUACUGGUUUCAGCAAGUAGCAGCAAUUUCCAUUCUUGGGGGGAUAGCAAAGAAAGUUUGAACUGUUUUUGCUCCCUUUGAAAAUUACAUAAAUAUAAUUGUACAUGCCUAUAUGUUGUGUGCUAUGAAAAAAAUUCUUAAUCCCUUUCCUCUUUUUUUUUUUUAAGAGAAAGGUAAACAUCCCAAAAUCACAGUAAUUGCUUACCCCUUAAGCCAGACUGUUUUCUUUGCUUUUUUGUAGUUGGAACAACAGUUUGGGGCUUUGAUUGGUUUUUUAAAAAAAUGUGUUGGUGGCAUUAGAUUCAAAACUUGUGGAAUAUGCAGUAGAGCUGCAAGGGAGGAAAAUUGCUUGCUGUGUGUUCCUUUUCUGCAUCUUUUUUUUUUUGCCAGUACUUGAGAAACUAUUAACCGUUGCUACUGCAGAAUUUAUAACUGCUAACACAAUGGACUAAUCUGUGCCAAAAGAUUGAAAAUUGAUGUUACCUAAUCUGGUCACCACCUAUCACUACAUGUAUACUUUUUCAGUAUAGUUUAAUCUUGCAUGUAGUCCUGUAAUUGUUAUCCUAGUCUUUAAGUCAUUGCUGCUUCCUAGAUUUGUAUCUAGUCCUGCCAUAAGUGACCCUGAUUAGCAAAAAAAGGAAACCAAAUGUAUUGUUAUAGCUUUGUUUUUUAAAAACAACAAAUGAUUUAAAAAUAUGCAGAAAUCUUGAGGAAGUAGAUAUGCAAAGUAUGGAUUUUUCAAUUUCUAAGUAGAAACACUAAAACCUAGCUGUUUAAAUCUGUCAGCAAAGAAAUUUGAUCAUAAAUGAGCCAGAAAGUUUUAGCAUUUUUGUCUGCAUCCUCUCCCAUCACCCAAAACUAAAGUUGUUUGUAUUCUUUGUGGGAUUGUCAUACUGCAUCAGUUGCAGAAGCAAUGUCAUUAAUUCUUGCAACUAGAGGAGAAGUUGGCAGACAUUUCUGCCUUGCAUGAACUGAGCGAGUUGCAUGAGCAAAGGAAAAGGUCACAUAAGGGGAGAUUACUGCUCAUUUCCUCUUAUGAGUGCACCUUCCCUUGUUAUGCCAUGCCACAUUUCAUACUAUUUCUGGCACUCCUGACCCUCAGCUUUUGGGGGGAUGCAGAUGCCAGACUGCAAAGGAAAAAAAGAGGGCACAGAGGUUUUGUGCAAACUUGCUCCAUUCAUAGUGAAUAGAGCUAGGUUUUGAAGGCUUGGAUCCAGCCCUCGCUGUGUUUAUGUAUAAGGUAGAUGCUAUAGUAAACAGUAUAGCACUGAAAUAACAUUAUACCAGUGUUACAAAAAUAAGAACAUUUAAUAUGUGCCAAAUAGCUGGUAUCCUGUACACAAUAUAUCUUAAUUUCUUUAAACUAUCAGGGUAACUGUUACAUCUGUGAAGAGCUUGGAAUUUAUUCUGUUCACCUGCAUGUGUGUUUUGGUUGCUGUGACUAGAACUUUAUUAUGUAGUCUGGUCUACCUAUGGAAUUGUAUUUUAGAAGUGUCUUGGUGUGUUUUGAUAGCAUACAACUAUCAAAAUUAUUACUUUUAGUUACUAAACUGUUACAAAUUACAUUGGGGGGGUUUCAAUUUUUCAUUUUCUGAACAUUCUUCAACCAAGUGAAACUUACGUUCCAUGAGACUUCUUGUGCCUGGCAUAGUUCUUUAACCUGUCUGUAUCUCUUUUCCUGCUGUAAGCCCCUUUCUAAUAUUUAGCUUUGAAGGAGCAUAUGGAAGCAUUCUUUCUGGAGCAUCCUCCAGACUUGAGAAACAGAUACUUGGCAUCAAAAGUUAUCAGACCAUUUUGGGAUUGUCAUGCAUCUACAAAGCUUUUUUCAGACACUUUUCUUUAAUAGAAAUACCACAGUUACAGUUUUAGGGUAUGUUAACACUUGUACUUUUUAUAUUUGGAUACUCAAAGGGCUAAUUUUUGUAUAAAUAACAUUUGGUUUUCUGUACUCUGACAUUAACCAAGACUAUUAAUAAAAAUAACAUAACAUGUU